AUGAAUAAAGGAAAGAAAAUUUUGUAUGUGAAAAAUGAUAAGGUUAGGUGCAUUGUUGAGUGUAAUGAAACCGAAUGUCCUUGGAGGAUUAUACUUAGGAAACAAGCAUUAGAAAAGGACUGGAGGAUUACAACAAUCAAUGACAAGCAUGAUGGAUGUUGUUGGAAUAACACCAACUACAUGGCUAACUCAACUACAAAUGCAAAAAGGUGGAAGAAUGAAGUUGCAUCAAACUCCAACUGGACAGCCGCUGAAUUUCUUAAAAAGGUGUCAACUACUGAUAGAAUCUCAAUAUCAAGAAGGAAAUCAUGGAGGGCAAUGAGGAAAGCAAGGGCUUCUAUUUAUGGUGAAGAAGAAAAAUGCUUUAGUAAACUCUGGAGUUACUGCUUGGAGAUUGACAGGACUAAUCCAGGUAGCACAUACCAUGUGAAGUUGGGUGAUAAACUAGAUGAUGGCAAUAAAAGGUUCAAAAGAUUUUACAUGUGUUGGAAAGCAUGUAAACUAGGCUAUAAGUACUGUAGGUCUAUUAUUGGAGUGGAUGGGUGUCAUUUGGAGGGAUUGCAUGGGACAGAUCUUGCAAUAAAUCAUGCUGAUGACUUGGAAUUAACAUUUAUUUCAGAUAAGCAAAAGGGUUUACUCCCUGCAUUUGAGUUUGUUCUUCCAGCUGUGACUCACAGAUUCUGUGUGAGACAUUUACAUGGGAACAUGAAACUAGCUGACUUCACUGGAAAGACAAUUAAAGAUGGUUUAUGGGAUGUUGUUAGGGCCACAACAGUACAAACCUUCACAGCUGCAAUGAAGAAGAUGAAGACCAUUGACUCCAAGGCAUAUGAAUGGCUAGUUGACAAACACCCUUCAGAGUGGUCCAGGUCACAUUUUAGUACAACUGCACAUUGUGAUAUCUUAGUUAAUAACAUUUGUGAGUGUUAUAAUUCUGUUAUUUUAGAUGCUAGAGAGAAGCCUCUAAUUAGUUGCCUUGAAACUUUGAGGAAGAAAAUUAUGCAUAGGCUGUAUCAGUGUAGGAAACAAGCAUGGAAAUGGACUGACCCUAUAUGCCCUAGGAUUAUUAAGAAAAUAGCUCAGUAUGAAAAAUUGGCUGGGGGUAUACAGUCAUACAGAGUGAUGACAACUUGUUUGAGACACGUGGGGUGA